CGCAUUAUACGCGUUUUCCUGGCCAGGAAAAUGGCUACCAGCUGUCACUCAGUUGUAUAAAUUUAAUUCUUAAUAUAUUCAUUAGUUUAAACAAAAUAAUAACAUUGUUAAAUUAUCAUAAUAUUAUUAAAAACAUAUUGUUAUUAAAUCUUUCAUUUAUAUAAAUUAUAAAAAACUCAUUUGUGUGUGAUCAAUAGUGAACAUUCAUGGUGUCAUAGAAAUAUAUUCCAUUCUUUUUUUUUUUCUAUUUCUCACACUGUUUACAGUGCAUUUGGUAAUUCGUGUUAGUCCGAACAUUGGUAACACGAUUCAUAAGUGUAAAAAUAAUUUAAAAAUAACAUUAUGUUCUUUAUAAUUUAGCAUAAAAUAAUAUUUUUUAUUAAUUGUUCUUAUAUUCGUGAAUAUAUAAAUUUAUUGUGAUAAAUUGAAGCGUAGCCUGUUCUUAUCGUCGCCUGGGCAUCAAAAAGAUUAUCAAAAUGGAUUCAAGUCAACAAUUUUCAUUAAGAUGGAAUAAUUACACGAAACAUAUAACUUGUGCAUUUGAUACAUUAAGGAGUGAUGAAGAUCUCGUUGAUGUGACAUUGAGCUGUGAAGGAAAACGCAUCAGAGCACACAAAAUGCUUCUUUCUGCAUGCAGCACAUAUUUUCGUGAUUUAUUCAAGGAAAAUCCAUGUCAACAUCCAGUCAUUAUAUUUAGAAAUGUAAAAUUUGAUGAUCUGUCAGCACUGGUUGACUUUAUGUAUCAGGGCGAGGUCAAUGUAGUUCAAGAACAGCUGGGAAGUUUUUUAACGACAGCUGAAUUAUUAGCUGUUCAAGGUUUAACUGAUGGCACGGGCAAAGACAACGAUAGCAUUAAUGAGGAGGAAACAGAAAUUCCAAAUGAACCAGAAGUACAACUUAAAAAUUCAUCUGGCAAAUAUUUAUCAAAUAAUAAAAAUAAUAAAUCACCAUCGUCACCAUUGCCAUAUCAUGCAGUUGACGUACAACCAGAAACACCACCACCAAAACGUCGAAAAUAUCGUGAUACAUCAAAUCAUGAAAAUAAUAAAAUAAAUACAACGAAAACAUCAAAAGAACUUAGAGAAAAAUUAAAUGAACAAAGUAAUCAGCCUGAUCCAAUUGAAAUAAUACCAUUAAUGCCGAAUUUAAAACUUGAAAUGCCAGAAUAUUUAGAAGCUGAUGGUAGUAGUUGUAGUUAUGAUGAACAAAAUAUUGUCGAUGGUACAUUAAAUAAAUUGGAUGAUGUUUUGUCAAAUGUAGAUGAUGAUAAAAAACCAGAUAUAAGUCAAACAUUUUAUACAAAUCAAUCAAGCUCUGAUACUGUUGAACCGAAAAAUGCUCUUUCUACUACUGAUCUUGAUCAUCUACUUGCUAAACCAAGCACCUCUUCAGAACGAGUUACCCAGGAACCAACAUCGGAAAUAAAAAUCGUAGCAACAACUACACUUGAAUCAACCACACCACCUCCAACAACAACAACAACAACAACGACAACUUCUGUUAAUGAGAGAAGACGAAGAACAGGAGCGAACGAGGAGGGUCGUUGGAUAUGCAAUGUUUGUGGAAAAAUCUACACACGUGGGGAUUCACUUGCUCAUCAUCGUAGUAUUCACAGAGGCGAUACAAUUUGUCCAAUAUGUCAAGCAGUCUUCACUCGCAAGUACACAAUGCGUUGUCAUAUGGUAAACAUACAUGGAAUUAAAUGACCAGAAAGAAAAAACUCACAAUAAUUUUCCAUUAAUUAUUGAAUUGAAAAUAUAAAUAAUUAAAAAUUCAAGAAAUACAACAUAACAAGUUAUUUUAUUUAUUAUUUUUCUUUUUUUUUUUUAUAUUUAUUUUGAAAAAAAAAAAACAAUGGAAUUGAAAGGUCAAUAGAAAAAGAAAAAUAAUAAUUAAUAUAAAAGCACAAAGAAUUUAUUUUGAAAUAAAAAAAAAAUAUUUAAAAUGUUAUUUUAUUCAAAUUAGAUUAUUGAAAUUUUAUUUAUUUCUGGUGCAUUUUCAUGAUAGGUAGUUCAUGAAAAAAUAAAAAAAAUAAAUAAUAAAAUAGUUGUAAAUUUAUGAAAAUAAAAAUAUACAUUAUGAAAAUUAAAAAUUGUUAUAUACAAAUUAACACUGUUUUCUACGUUAAAUAUUUUUUUAUGCUUUACAAAUGUAUUUAGAUAAAAACGAAAAAAAAAAAAGAGUUUAUGAAACUUGUACUUAGGUGAUUCUUUUUAAUUGUUUAAUUAUUUAAUUUAAAAAAAAACUCUUAAAUCGAAAUACUCAGUAAACUUAUGUUAUUAUUUAUAUUGAUCUUGCCAACACAUUAGUUAAAAAAAAAGCAACAUUUAACGCCUUUUGUUAUUGCUCAUCAAACUGGGAAUGCAAAAUUGUAAAUAAUUAUUAUCUCUAGUAGUUUUAUCUAAUAAUUUUUUUGAGAUUUCGAAUUCUAUUAUAUUUUUAGUAUUUUCAUGAAAAUUUAGUUUUAUUAAAUGACAAUACUCCCAGUAUUUUAAAUAAGUUUUUUUUUUUUUUUUUUUUCUAUAUAAAAUUUAUAAUAUUAAAAUGUUUUUUUAAAUAAAUAAAAUCAAUUAUGUGAUAAUUUUUUUAUAACUUUCAUUUAAAAAAAAAAUACUUAUAUUAUUUGUGCCAGUUUUAUUUUUCAUAAUAUAAUUAAGAUACCUCAAUUUAUUAAGAAAAUAAAAUUUAAAAUAAACCAGUGAAAUGUAAGAAAAUGCUUCACUUUAAUAUGAAAGUGUGAGCCCCAUAAUUGUACUUCGAAAUCGUUGUAUUUAUGAAUAAAAAAAAAUUAAUGAAUACUUAGACAAAGCGAGCAAAAAAAAAAAUCCUUAAAACAAUUUACAUUAUUUAUUUUAAAAAAUUAAUUACUUUAUUUUUAAUUUUAAUUUUAUUAAGAACAUGACAAUGCACUUGUAUAUUUAUUUUAGUUGCAAUUAAAGUAAGAAAUUUUUAUGCAUGAUUUAUUUAUUUAUAAUAAUUAUUAUUGAAAAGCCCCUUAAAAAGUGUCGUUACAAUUUGAGUCACACAAAAGGUCGGUAAAUAUUUAAAAAGGAACAAUAAUGAUUGUCGGUUCACAUAUUAUUUCAUUUAAAAUUAUUUAUUAUUUUAACAUCAUUUUUAAUCAUUUAUAACAAUUAAAAAAAAAUAAAUAAAAUAAUUGUGCGGGUAGGUACAACACGUGGGUGAUUUUUUAUUUAUCUUUUUAUUAAUUAUAAUUUUUGUGUAUAUUUUUUAAAAAAUAACUU